AUGAAAUCAAUAGCCUUUUUUGCUCUAUACUUGAUCUUUAUCAAACUAGUAAGUGGUCAAGCUUCAAUAACUCAUGAUGACUACACACCAAUUGUAUUAUGGGAUUAAGAAUAAUCUAUUGUCAUAUAAUCUCUUGAUCUAACUAAAAAUGGAUCUAUGCAUGUUCUUGGAGAUAGCAUUCCUAUAGGAAGCGAUGCUUAGAAUUUCUAUGUUCAGAUAGAUAAUGGAUAAAUAACCAGAUAAAUGAACAUAAUUCCAACUCAGUACUAAAUCUAAGAUUCAAGUUUUUCCAAACGAUGA